UAUCACAUGAUAAUCAGAAUAAGAUAUAUAAGAUACACCAGAAAACAAAUUGCAACACAACUUGUUGUUCAAUUGCUGCAUCCAUAUUUACAGAUCGAACUGUGGGACUUUGCUGCAAAACUGAAAGAUGUUGACAUUACACUAUAUUGCUGCAUGUGUUCUGUUUGUCCUAGUGCACUCCAGCCCCGCAGGUUAUUCCAAAAACAUUUUCAAUGAAGUUAAACAUUUCAUUGAAAGGUCAAAUUCAGUUAAUUUGAACAAGCUGAAGGAUCCAGCUGCUUCAGAUGCACAAAUUUUACAUAGUAACAUGAGUAAGAAGGCAUUAUGGAAUUUUGCAUUCCAGAUGAGCACAAUUUUUGGAUUCAGUCGGGCUACUGAACUUGCUGACUAUGGUUGUUAUUGUGGAAUUGGUGGUGGAGGUACACCAUUGGAUGGUUUAGAUGGGUGCUGUAAAGCCCACGACGACUGCUGGGGCAACGUAGAAAGCUUCUGGUGCAGGCCUUAUUUGGUGGGAUAUCAAUACAAGAUUAUUAAUGGGAAGACAGUUGAUUGCGAAGAUAGUGAUGGUACCUGUAAAUAUAACGUGUGUAUGUGUGACAAGUGGUUUAUAGAUUGUGUCCAUAUAAACACGUACAAUCCAGAGAAUUACGACUACCAAAAUUGUUAACGAAAUGAACAUAUAUAUCAUGUAUACUAGUAUUUACCCGGAUUUUCUUGAAGAAGUAGCCCUGAUAUUAUAAGCUUAACUUUGUACAGAAAAAUAUUUAAAACAAAUACGUAUUCCAUGAAUUAACCUUGCGAAAUGGGUUCUAUUAUCUUUAUGUUUUUUUUACCAAUUUUUACAUGGAGUUUAGUCGAAGUUCCUCCUAUGUAUUAAUUUAAAACCCAACAUACUUUUACUAUUAAUUUUUUGUGUAUUUCUUUGACGCAAAAAAGAACGCAGAUCGUACAUUUGAUACAAUCGGUUCAAAUUUUGAAGUAGGAUGCAUGUUUGUAUUUGGCAUUUUAUCAAAGGUUCAAAAUGGUAACUUUUGUGUGGAAAAAAAUGAAAUGGUCUCAUGAAUUAUGGGACUGAUUCAUCUGUAUACAUGGUGAAGGAUCGUUGUAAGAUUCGGACUUCUGUUUCCGAUGUGCAUUCAAAGAGUUCUAUGAACUUUAUCCACUUAUUGUAUCUGAUCUUAACACUAUAUGUAUCUAAAUGAAUUUUACAAUAAUUUCAUGACUCUUAUGUGUAAAAUGCAACUACUGUUUUCUUUUCAUUUAUACAUAACAAUAAUUGAAUGACACGUGCACUGAUAUGUAUAUUGUAAAUUAUCUUACACAUGUUACAUUGUCCCUCUGGUAUCUUUCGUCCCUCUUUUACAUUGAAUUCGAAAUAAUAAAGAAUUUUAGAUCGAAGCCAUGUUACUGACGUUCUUUUGUUAUGAGUCCUUGUUAAUUCUGUGAAAUAUCCGUCUAUCAUAAUCGUUAAUUAUCGUUAACUGUGUGAAACAUUCAUCCUCUAUAAUCGGUAAUUAUCGUUAACUAAGUGAAACAUUCUUCCUCCGUAAUCGUUAAUAAUCGUUAAUUCUGUGAAACAUUUCUUCAUCAUUAUCGUAAAUUAUCGUCAAAUAUGUGAAACAUUCCUCCAUCAUUAUCGUUAAUUAUCGUUAAUGACAGAAUCAAAAUCUGAUACAAAGAGAAACAGUGAAAAAAGUUUGAAUAUCUGCGCGAAAAUUAUUAUCUGGCAUAUUUUAUAUUUUUUGCUUUAGAAAACUUAUAGAAAAUGGCGUGUUCUUUCGUCCAUUACCGCAGCUGAUAGCUAGUCUGUUCAUCCCUCUGAUCGUACAUGUGCACCAUACUACCAUUACGAUGAAACCGUUUCCCGAGAACUUUUAAUAUGGGCUUACGUUGUGUACUUUACAUUUCCGAUAUUUCAAUAAAUCGUUGUCAAAUCCUAUCACUGCACCCCAACUCAAUAGAUCACAAAGUGUUUCGAACAUCUAUUACGACCAAUUAGAAUAAACUAAUUCUUAAUGUCAAUCGUCUAAAUAGAUGUGAUAAACACCUUGUGAUCUGUUGAGUUGGUGUGCUGGGAUAGGAUUUGACAUCGACUUAUUAAAAUAUGAAUAUUAUUGAAAAAUAACAGGUAAAAAAUGACGCCUAAUUAUGCGAUUUUGAUAUAAAAACAAAAUUUACAAAAAUACGAAAAUAAUGAAUUUCUGUUCAAUGAUAAAUUUUACAAAACUUCAAAUGGAGUUCCAAUGGAAAAUAGUUUAUCACAUGGAAUUACCGAUCUGAGAGUUUAUGUAGUCUUAAAUAUUAUUUUAAGGACUUUCCAACAUAGAAAGAAAAUAUCAAGCCUUUAUAGGUUUAGGGACGAUGGCUUUUUUAGUCCAGUCGAUUUGUGAAACAAUUGUUCAGAUUGUGGUAAAAGCAUCAAACUUUGCAGAGUUUUAGUUAAGUUCAUAGUAAACAUUUAUAGCUAUAGACUCAAUUCAGAAAAUGAAAAUGGCUGCUCUGGGCGGCCAUUAUAAAAUGGCCGCCAUAAAAUAAUAAAAAAUCAUUUAAAAAAAAAUAUAAAAAAUAAAUGGCUUAACCAAUUUUGAUAAUCUUUGGUAUAUAAAACACAAAUGACAAAAAUUAUCAUCUGAGGAAUUCAGAUAUUUAAGUGUUGGUGGCCAUCUUGAAUGGUGGCCAUUUUGAAAACAACAAUUUUAAAUAUUAUAUCAUUAUUUGCCUGUUUUAUAAUUUGCCAUUUGCAUUUAUACUUAUGUUUCAAUGCAUUUACAAUUCGUUUUGCUAAUCAUUGUUAUAUGACAUCUUGCUUUUUA